UUUAUACAUCUUUGUCAUGCAGCUUAGUGUUUAUUACUCUGUUUAUGUUCCUAUUGACUGACCUGGAAGGCGUCUAAACGUCAUCCUGCACACAGCAUGUUAGUUGUGUAUGUUAGGUUUUAACUAACACACGUAGGUACUGACUUUAAAUCGACGAAACUAAUUUAAUUUUACCAGUCAUGAUUUCUGAUGGGGAUGAAGACGACCCGUUUCCUGUUGACGACUGUCUUUUUGCCGAUACUUUUUCUCAAGACACUGUUUACACUUUAUGCGGGCAGGAUCUGAAGAUAAGACAGGUGUUCGGUGCGAACCUCGGCGUGGCUGCCCCGGUCUGGGAGGCAGCGAUACAGCUGUGUUGUUUCUUUGAGGAUGAGUCGGUGGAUUUGAGAGGAAAGCGCAUCAUUGAGCUGGGAGCAGGGACCGGUGUGGUUGGUAUUUUGGCCGCACGCAUGGGUGCAGCAGUGACACUCACAGAUCUUCCUUUGGCUCUGCCACAACUUCAGGCAAACGUGUCUGCUAACAUUCCACUCGGUGGUUGGCCGGUCUCCCUUCCUACCGUCCUCCCUCUUUCCUGGGGUGAGGACCAAAUGAAGUUUCCCUCUGACUGGGAUCUGGUGCUUUGUGCAGACAUAAUUUACCUCCCAGAGACUUACCCACUGCUUGUAGAAACAUUAGCUCAUUUGUGUAAGAGCAGAGGCCUGGUAUAUCUAUCUUCUAAAAUGCGUAAAGAGCACGGGACUCAACAUUUCUAUGAGGACUAUCUGCCAGAAAGAUUUAAUGUGGAGCUUUUGAAGCAUGAGGAAAAUCAAAACAUUAACAUAUACAGGGCAUCUCUAAAGUAAAACCAGUGACCACAGGGGCUACCUGCUAUAGACCUUGUACUUAAUGAAUUUCUGUACUGACACAAGUUAUGACUAUUUUAAUUUCAAUGCCUACAAUUAAACAAACCUAAGAGGCUAUUGCAAUUUGCAAAAGGCACAACUGUUUAUUUGACAUAUAUAUCAAGGGGCUUAGAUUCCAAAGAACACUACAGUUUCAUUUGUUUUUUUAAAUUGAAGAUCAACAUUUAUAUUUUAUAAUGUAAUUACAACUUGUCAAACAUUUGCACACAUUUUCAAACAAAAAAAAUGGCUUCCCCUGUAUUGAGAUUCAGUCAACUAAUUGCUGGUCUAGAACCUAAAGGUAGAGUCAGUAGCAUUGUCAAUGCACCUUGUAAAUACAACAUUCAAACUGCACCCCUCCUCCUGGGAUCAGCGCUACCAGAAUCACACACUCCAUGCACGCUGAUUGGCACCUGCCUGUCCAAAAGUAAGCAGGCCAACUCCACGUUCUCUGGUUAUAGCUUACCAAAGAUUCACCCUUGUUCGGGAAGAGCUUUAUCCACGUGGUUUUCACCUUAACAUGAUAAUAUUUUCCAUUCUUUACCCCCUAUGCCACAUCUGGCAUAUUCGGUGGUUUGAAUCUCAUAGCUAAAUUGUAUCAACGCACCUGCAGGCUGGCGUUGGCUGGGGGAAACACACCAGCUCCCCGCCCAGAAACGUCCCGAGUCAACCAAAACAAAACAAAAUAUGAAAACCGAGGCAGAGGACAGGGUCUCUGCAGACAAAGUCACCCCAACACAUCUAUGGAUGCCCAUAAGUGAUGAUUGAGCAGCAUUACUUUUGUAUAAGUCUGUCAUUUAUUUUUUUAGGAGACGUUAAUGACUCUACCUUUAAAGGUUUGGUUUCCACUCAGGUCAGAAUUGAGUUUACAUUUGUGAUGCACUAAAAAGUGGAAUGCUGAUGAACAAUUACUUUGAUUUUUACUCAGAUGAUUAAAGUUGUUUAAAUAAAGUCUUUCUUAUGCUUA